AUGUCGUUGGUUUAUCGUGCUAAAGGCGAGAAACCUACGGCGAAUGAGUUUCUAGAACAUCGCCGGAAUCUCAGAGUGCUCCAGGCCUCUGAGUCACAGCGGCACCACCCGGACCUUGUUUCACAUUUUUCAGCCUCAACCUUUUUCAAAAUACUCGAGCUAUUUCUUAUUGUCAAGGUACUACUAUAUACACUAGUUUACUUUACACCAUAUCUCUACGACACAUCUUCCUCGACAAUCUCACUAUUGUUUAGUUCCGACGGCAGCGACACAAUUUUCGGUGCGCGGCUGGGCCAUCUUAUACGACGGCUUGCCAUUUGGGACCAUGUAUUUUUCAUUUCUUCUGCAGCGACGGAGGUUUUACAUCCUGAUAUUUCGACGCUUUCUCCACUUGUUCCUUUUUUGUACGAACACGAGUGGGCAUUUGGCUAUGCCUGGAUUGCCAUUAUUAAGACAUUUGGGACCAGAUUUUACAACUUGACGGGUAAACAAGGCGACCCUCUGUACUAUUUUUCAGCCGUUGCAAUUAUCAUUUCGACUCUUUGCCAUUUUUUUGCAUGCUUGGCUCUUUACUUUUUGACGUUUAUUGUCUACUCAUCGCCACAAAAACCGUUGCUUCUUCGAAUUUACGACUUUGCCUCAGGGGUGUGCAGUGACGAGACCACCAGUGACGAAGACCAAGAACAAGAAGAAGCCAGCAAACAGCGACGGGUUUUCCUCAAGGGAACGAGUCUUGCCCGGCAUGCAGACUCAAUUGCGCUCAAGACUGCACUUCUUUACACUCUUUCCCCUGCUGGAAUAUUUCUUGCUGCGGGGUACAGCGAGUCAGUAUUUGCAUUCCUGUCGUUUUUAGCACUCAUCAACAGGGAAACCAACCAACCACUUACAGCCGCGCUCUUAUUUUCCUUCACAGCCAUCAUUCGAAGCAAUGGUCUGCUGUGGGGGAUUGUUUACAUCUACGACGCUGUCACGAUUUUACGGAGCUUUUACUAUACGUUUUAUCGCCCCGACAUGCCAAUUGCCAAUUUAAAGAAAAAUAGCCCAUACCAGUCAAAAGCGGUGUUGUCGGCCAAGAGAAAUUGGUACGCUAUCCCGUUACAAAAACACUUUUCCAGGGUGUGCGGCGGUGGAAUGGUACUUGCCGUUUGUUUUUCUGGUGUACAGUACAUUGCGUACAGAGCGUUUUGCGUCGAUGGACCAGAAAAUGGCGCGCCGCCAGCCAAAUGGUGCAAACCGAGCGACCCUAGCCGAGGGCUUCUUCAUGUGCCUCUUAUUUAUAGCUAUAUUCAGGCCAAAUACUGGGGAAUUGGGUUUUUAAAGUACUGGACUUCCAAUAAUAUUGGAAACUUUUUGUUUGCUGUGCCGACCUUGAUUUUGAUUUUGGCUUCAACAAUUUACUAUUACAGACAAAACGAGAGAUAUUGGCGUAUAUCCAUUUCACGGACAGGCCGAGCCCCUGUUAUUCCAAAGACUGCACCGCUAAACAAGCUUAAAAAGAAGAAGAAAGGCAAGACAGUAUCGCAUCAGCCUGACAGAAAGCCUUUGCAAAACACAGCAUUGACAUAUGCGCCAUAUCUGAUGACGCCAUAUCUUCUUGUGGCCGGUACCUUGGCAAUAUCUGCUGUUUUUGUGUGGCAUGUCCAAAUCAUUACUCGUGUGGCCAGCUGCUUGCCGACGAUAUACUGGUAUACUGCGGAGCUUCUUUCGAGCACGCGGGUCAGGGACGUUAAAAUUGGCAAGCUUAUAGUGCGGUAUUUUGUGAUAUGGAUUGUUGUCCAAGGUAUUUUCUUUGCAGCUUUUCUUCCUCCAGCUUAA